AUGUAUCACCCUGGCCAAUUUGAUGAGGCUCCAGUGGCCGGCCAGGAGCACCCCACGCCAUCGAAUGCCCUCUCCGCAUCAUCCGACGGAUAUGAUGAGUCCUCGCCAGAUUCAUACGAGAUUACAUCCCCAACUGGAGGGCACCUAGCCUAUCAAUACACUCGCGACUUUCAAUUUCAACCACGCUCUAGUUUUCCGGGCAUGGUAGGGCCGCCUGAAUUAUCUCUAGCCUUGCCAAAUAUGACUACUCCAAACAAAAAGUACCUGUCAUUAUCCAAGGACUGCGACGACGACCAGAAGGACCAAAGAAGAGCCGAGAUUCCGUUUGGGGAGGAUACUAGAGCGAACAAAGCCUUAUACGAGACGGAUAAGAGUAAUGAUAACGGAAUAACGGAUGCUCAAUUAAAGAGGAAAAUCCGAAACCGUGAUGCUCAGCGUGCGCACCGAGAACGAAAAGAACGGCGCUUGAAAAGCCUAGAGGAAGCUCUGAAGCGGCUUGAACAGUCACAGGUACACACUGAAAGGGAGAAUGAACGCCUGAAGAAUGAUCUUCAGGUAAAGACAGUUGAGAAUAAAGUCCUCAAGGCCACCACUUCCUCGAGUGGUGACGUCGGGACCGAGCAUUUUGUGAUUGGCUCUCCACCACGGCUCAGUUCGGCCAUAUUCAUCCCCAGCGUGCUUGGAGGCCAUGGAGAACAAAUUAGAGCCCUUCAAUCAAUGCCAUCCGAUGGUCAGAGGCGGCUUUCUCCUAGCGCUGCUUGGGACUACGUGGUCCAACAUGAGCUGUACAAGCGCGGCGCCAUCGAUAUGUCAAGUCUUGGGACGCAUGUGCGAAAAUAUGCUAGGUGUAAUGGGAAUGGACCUAUUUUCUACGUGAGCGAUAUCAACAAAGCGAUCCAGGAGAGCCUAGUGGAAAGAUCGAAUUCUCUCAUCGAGGAAAAUGACAGUUAA